GUCGGGGGCUCUCGGGGCGCUCAGCACAGCGCCCGGCACAGCCCGCCGGCCCGCACGGGGGCAGCAGUGAGCCGACGGCGACGCCUCCCUCCCUCCGUCCCGCACCUUUGAUGCCCCGGCGCUCACUACACUGCCCUGCGCGCGCAGGAGCCGCUCAUAGCCGCCCUCCGCCGUCAUGGCGACCUCCUCUGAAGAAGUCCUGUUGAUCGUGAAGAAGGUGCGUCAGAAGAAGCAGGAUGGGGCGCUUUACCUCAUGGCAGAAAGGAUCGCGUGGGCCCCCGAGGGCAAGGACAGGUUCACGAUCAGCCAUAUGUACGCGGACAUUAAAUGCCAGAAGAUCAGCCCCGAAGGCAAAGCGAAAAUCCAGCUUCAGCUGGUCCUGCACGCGGGAGACACCACGAACUUCCACUUUUCCAACGAAAGCACGGCCGUGAAGGAGCGCGACGCUGUGAAGGACCUUCUGCAGCAGCUGCUGCCCAGGUUCAAGAGGAAAGCCAAUAAAGAACUGGAGGAGAAGAACAGAAUGCUGCAAGAAGAUCCUGUUUUGUUUCAGCUUUAUAAAGACCUAGUUGUGAGCCAAGUGAUCAGCGCCGAGGAGUUCUGGGCACACCGCUUGACCAUGAACGCGUUGGACAGUUCUUCCGCACCGAAUCACCGGCAGGACGUGGGCAUUUCCGCGGCGUUUCUGGCUGACGUUCGACCCCAGACGGACGGCUGCAACGGCCUGAGGUAUAACUUGACCUCGGAUAUCAUCGAGUCCAUAUUUAGGACCUACCCAGCAGUCAAACUGAAGUAUGCGGAGAACGUCCCCCACAACAUGACAGAGAAAGAGUUCUGGACGCACUUUUUCCAGUCCCAUUAUUUCCACAGGGACCGGCUCAACACGGGGUCAAAGGACCUCUUCGCCGAAUGUGCCAAAAUGGACGAAAAGGGGCUAAAAACGAUGGUGUCCUUGGGAGUGAAGAAUCCACUCUUAGAUCUGACCGCACUGGAGGAUAAACCGUUAGAUGAGGGCUACGGGAUUUCCUCCGGGCCAUCCACUUCCAACUCCAAAUCCCUAAAGGAGAACAGCAACGCAGCCAUCAUAAAGCGAUUUAACCAUCACAGUGCCAUGGUCCUGGCAGCGGGUCUCAGGAAACAAGAAGCACAAAAUGACCACGCCAGUGAGACCGGCAGCACAGACGGGAACUCGCGCGAUUCAGACUUCUUUCAGCCACCGUUAAAGAGGGUGAAGCUGCAAGAGUCCAUUGAAUACGAAGACUUGGGAAAAAAUAACAGCAUGAAAACCAUUGCACUAACCCUCAAGAAGUCAGAUAGGUAUUACCACGGUCCGACUCCAAUUCAGUCCUUGCAAUAUGCAACAAGUCAGGAUAUCAUUAAUUCUUUUCAGAGUAUUAGACAAGAAAUGGAAGCCUAUGCUCCCAAACUAACUCAGGUUCUUUCGAGUAGUGCCGCAAGUACUACCAUCACAGCCCUGUCGCCCGGAGGAGCGCUUAUGCAGGGAGGAACACAGCAAGCCAUAAACCAGAUGGUGCCAAAUGACAUUCAGUCUGAGCUGAAACACUUGUACGUGGCAGUCGGGGAACUGCUGAGGCAUUUCUGGUCCUGCUUUCCUGCGAACACGCCAUUCCUAGAAGAAAAGGUGGUCAAGAUGAAAAGCAAUCUGGAGCGAUUCCAAGUUACGAAGCUCUGCCCGUUCCAAGACAAAAUCCGGAGACAGUAUUUAAGCACAAACCUGCUAAGUCACAUUGAGGAGAUGCUCCAGGCGGCCUACAACAAACUCCACACGUGGCAGUCCAGGCGCAUGCUGAAGAAAACGUGAAACGUCUUGGCCGUUAAAAGGUUUUUUGUGUGUGUGUGUGUAGGGGGGUGAGGGCCUUUUUUUUGUUGUUCCUUUUGUUUUUUAAAAAGAUACCGUCUGCAGUGGUCUUAGGAACCCAACCUGACAAAUACGCAGCUCGUCCAGACGUCGCCGGGCGGGCCGCAUCCAACGGACUCCCGCAGCCGACGCUUUCUUGAACUUGCGCGUUUGGUGGGAGCGGGCAGACGGGGCGGACUAUUAAAGAAGAACCAAAACGAGAGAGCCGAGGCUCAAAAGCAAGCGUUAUUUCAAAAAGAGACUGUUUACCGCAGUUACUCAGGAAACUGCUUCGGGUUUGCAUUGAGCUGCUCUCAGAAAUAAAGAGAAUUCCUGUAAAGGGGGUGAAUUCAUCCAAUCUGGAGGCGGGAUGCGGGGGGGGGGAUGUAGGGUCGAGUCUUUUUUAACGUCUAUGGCACAGGGUAAAAUGUAAAAAAAUUUCCCUCUCAACGGGAUCCUCGUUUUGGAUUCUCUUCGAACUUUCGGAGACAAGUUGCAAGGGAAUAUUUCGAAUAAGCAGAGAAAACCGUUGCUUCGCGGCUCCAGGAAGAGGGCGGGCCAAGCGGGGGGAUCUCCUGGGCCGGGACUCAGAAAUGUGAAGCAAUAGGAUGUUUGCACUGAAUGCUUGUUUGUGUUUGGGGGUCCCUAGGUGGAAAAGGGGGGAACCGUUUUUGCAGAAAAAUCUUGGGUUUUUAUGCAGAGAUCUUUUUUUGGAGACAUUGGAGUUGCAUGUUUUUCUUCAAGUGCAAGGAUGCGCUGCUGAAAUGAGAUGGGUGUUGUUGGUUUUUUGUAAGACGGCAUUGUGCUUCAAAGGACAGGAAGAACGCAUUUUUUAAAAUUGAAAAAACUUGCAGUUGGUGUCUAAGAAAUCACUUAUUUUCACUUCUUUAGGACAAAAAAUAAAAAUUGUCUUUUAAGUCUGCUC